AUGCACCCGCCCUCGAUUGAUGUAGGACCCACCGUCGAGAACACCCAUCAGUUCAGGAAAUUCUUUGAUCGUCAACUCACCGCUCACAGCAUGGUCUUGGUUAGCAAACACCGAGAAGAGAAUGUGGCAGAACCUGCGCUGGAGAUCCUCCUGGCGGAGGACCGUACACCAUGGUUCAAGAAGCCUCAUUUGCGGCGUCUCUACAUGAUCUUGUUUGCGGCGUGUAUGGGUAUCGAAAUCACGUCAGGGUUUGAUUCCCAGAUUAUCAACACUGUGCAGAUUGUCUACACUUGGAACAAAUAUUUUGGUCACCAAACAGGAAAGAUUGUCAGUGGACGUCCCGAGUACGUGAUUGAAGCAAAUCUCAAGGGGUUUCUCGGCGCAGCCUACUCCUUGGGGGCGAUUCUCUCACUCCCUUUUGUGCCCUCCUUGAAUCAACGUGUCGGUCGACGAUGGACAAUCAUGUUUGGCUCAUGCGUGAGCCUGGUCGGCGCUCUCAUCCAAGGAUUCGCCAACGGAGUGGCUAUGUACAUCGUGGCUCGCAUGUUGCUAGGAUUUGGAAUCCCAUUCUGUAUCGUUGCGGGCUCUUCCUUGUUAGGAGAGCUGGGCUACCCUAAAGAACGAGCCGUCCUCACGUCACUAUUCAAUUCUUCAUAUUAUAUCGGUCAAAUUAUCGCGGCAGCUGUUGGUCUUGGGACGGUGACAAUUCCAAAUGACUGGGCGUGGCGGAUUCCUUCCUUGCUACAGAUAGCACCUGCCAUGGUUCAGAUUCUGACCGUGAUGCUAUUACCAGAGAGCCCCAGAUACUUAAUCAGCAAAGAUCGUCGAGAUGAGGCUCUUGAAAUCCUCACAACGUACCAUGCCGAGGGCGACCGCAACUCGGUGAUUGUUAAGGCAGAAAUGUCGCAGAUUGAACAAGCCAUUCAACUAGAACUUGAAGAGUCCAAACAGUCUUGGCUGGACAUGUUCCGCACUUCUGGCAUGCGUCGCCGGCUCUUCAUCUCCGCAUUUCUCGGACUGUUUACCCAGUGGUCUGGGAAUACCCUUACCUCGUAUUACCUGAGUGACCUGUUGAAUAUGGUAGGAAUCACUGAUGGAACGAUCAAAUCUAAGAUUAACAUCGGCAUUGCAUGCUGGGGACUCAUUUGUGCGACGACACUCGCUUUGCUGGCGCCGGGUUUCAAACGACGACCAACAUAUUUGACUUGUGCCAGUUGUCUUUUGUGUGUCUACAUUGCAUGGACCAUUUCUAUGGAACGCGCCAUGAACACAAAGUCUCACGCGGCCGCCGUCCUUACAAUUUUUUUCAUUUUCGCCUACUCACCUGCCUACAAUCUUGGCUACAAUGCUCUGACUUACACCUACCUUAUCGAACUCUUCCCCUACGUUGGCCGCUCACGCGGUCUCUCUUGGUUCCAAUUCUACGGCCGUGGCGCAAGCUUCUUUGCGACUUACGUGAACCCUGUCGGGCUCUCCCGAAUCGGUUGGAAAUGGCUCCUUGUUUAUUGCUGCUGGCUUGUAUUUGAGCUGGCUUUCAUCUAUCUUUUCUUCCCCGAAACAUCAGGCCGGACACUGGAGGAAUUGUCGUUCUUGUUCGAGGACAAAAGUAAGGCAGACAAGGUUGCCGCUGCAGUUCACAAGCAGAUUGAGCAGGAAGUGGAUGGUAAAGAAGCCACUGCCUAUGUGGAAGUACGAGAUGCAAAGAACGUCGCUUAA